AUGAGCCUUGGCUCCUUGCCGGUAGAGCUCCUCGAGAGUCUGGAACCGUUUUGCGACCAUCGACAACUUGCAGCUCUUGCUCAGCUCAAUCACCAGUUCCAUCACAUCUUCAACCCGCUUCUCUAUCAGCACAAUGCUUUCAAAGAGGAUCCCUCCAAGUCCUGUGUUAUAUGGGCUGCCAAGCAUGACUCAUUGAGUACCAUGAAGUUGGCCUUCGCCCAUGGCGCGUCCAUGAAGACCAUAGACGCCUACACAGUUGAGCAUAUUCGAACUCUUUAUGAGAGACAGCCAGGCGCAAAGCCAUGUGGGGGACCGUUGCACGUUUCCGUUCAGAACAACUUCAAGGACCUCACGCUAUUUCUUCUUGCCAAUGGGGCACGUCUGGACGUGCCGUCAUAUGCGCUGUGCGACUGCAAAGGAGUUGGACACGACCCCAAAUGGUACCCUCUACAUUUCGCCAUAUGCCACGCUGGGGAAGCCAUGGUUUCUCUUCUCCUCGAACACGGCGCGUACUUCUCAUUGAAGGGCGUUCCAGGACUUCGCUGUGCCAUACAGUGUGCGUCCCAUUCGAUCUUGGACGCCCUGCUCGAAAAUGACAAUUUCGAUCCCCAUCAUCAAGACCCAGAUGGCUACACCGCUCUUUCCUAUAUCGUCAACUGCGCUGACUCCAUGACGGCUCGUGAGAUUGCGAGCAAGCUUGUCGAUCACGGGAUCCCACUUGAUGUCAUGGGGGUAAAUGGCAACACAGCGCUCGCAGACUUGGUCGAAGCAAGACAUCUCAAAGCUGCCAUUGAGUUGCUUGAGCGCGGCGCUGAUCCAACUAUCAGCGAAUGGGGUGACCGCGGGAUAGGUUUAUUCAGCGAAAUCUGCUGCAAUCCUAAACCUUCAGAUGCCAUAGACGAAGCAGAGCAAGAUCACAAAGCCAGAGAGUUCAGAGAAGACCGACGAAGAUUGGUGUCUCUUAUACUUGCAAACGGCGUUGACCCCAACCGGCGCUCGGGACAUGGAGCAGCCCCAUUCUCAAAACCUCUCUUCUGGGUGUUGAUGGAGUUGAGAGAUGUGGAAUGCGUCAGAAUAUUACUCGACGCGGGAGCUGAGAUAAAGUCUGCCUUUUUCGAAAACUACGAAACCCGAUGCGAGAGUCUCCUCCGGGUCUUCUUCGAGCUGUUUGGCAAGUGUGAUCCCAACGCCUUACAGAAAUGGAAGCCCAUCACUAUAGGUCUAGAUCCGUACAUGGAAUGCCUGUGCUUGUUGCUGGAAAGGGGCGCACGGGUUGAUUCUCUUGACGGCGAGUGGUCGGCGUUGAGCAAAACGUGUGAGCUUGCUGCUUCUGACAUGGGACCUGUGGCACUUAAGUUUCUUGUUGAGAAUGCAGCAUGCAGAAAUGUCGAACUGGGGCACGUUGAACUGUUGAAAAGCCAGUGGGAGGGAAACGAAACUGUGCAUGAGCUAUUGGGAGAGCUCUGUUGCAAGUUGAUCGAAGAGACACAAGUAGGGAGAGAAAUAUUUGAGACGCCAUAA